UGGCUAGACAUUUAGCACGUACGACUUCUUACGUUUUGCUAAAACAGUGGUCUCUACGUAUAUCCGACUAUAAGUCCGCCCACAAAUGAUAAUGGGUAACGUUUGCGUUGUCAGCUACCUGGCUCACUCAUGAUUUGCAAUGAUUAAUCCAGAAGGACUGUAACAUGGAAGAGGUAACAACUCCUGUGCGAUCACAGCACACAUUCAGUGUUGGUAAUCUUCAAAAAUACCUGUCUGUCAAGUCGCGGGUGUCAAAUAAUGACACGUUAACAGUCAGACAGUACAGUCUAGGUCAGUCAAAUCCAACCUUUCUCAUUGAGACCCCCUCAAACAGAUAUGUUCUCCGGAAGAAACCCUCAGGCAUGCUGCUGCCUAGGGCUCACAGGGUGGAUAGGGAGUUUCAGGUGCAAAAGGCUCUUUUCUCUGCUGGGUUCCCCGUCCCUGAGCCCCUCCUGUUCUGUUCUGAUGUUGAAGUAAUAGGAACAGAGUUCUACUUGAUGGGUCAUGUGCAGGGCCGUAUAUUCAGAGAUCUUCAUCUCCCUGGACUGAGUCCAACAGAGAGAACGGCUGUGUACGUAGCUGCGGUGGAAGUGUUGGCGAAGCUGCAUUCUUUGGACUUAGCAUCACUGCAACUUGAAGGGUUUGGAAAAGGGCCUCAGUACUGCAAAAGACAAGUGUCCGUCUGGACGAGGCAGUACUCUGCAGCAGCUCACAGAGACAUUCCUGCCAUGAACGAGCUGUCCGAUUGGCUGAUGAACAAUUUGCCUGAGAAUGAUAACGAGUUCACGCUGGUCCAUGGAGAUUUCCGACUGGACAACUUGAUCUUCCACCCAACUGAGGCCCGUGUGAUAGCAGUGUUGGACUGGGAGUUGUCCACCACAGGGAACCCGCUGGUAGAUCUCGCCUACUUCCUCAUGCCUCAAUACCUGCCUGCAAACCUCAGCAUUAACAAAACAGUUGGCAGCUUACAGGGGAUAGAAGGUAUUCCAGCUGCUGGCGACCUUAUCUCAAUCUACUGCAGAUGUCGAGGAAUCCAACCUGCUUCUGUGCCACAGCUGAAUUUCUUCUUGGCUCUGUCUGUCUUUAAAAUGGCUGCGAUUGCUCAGGGGAUCUAUGCUCGUUACCUGCAGGGGAACGCCAGCGCGCCCAACGCCAACGAGUUUGGUCAGAAUGUGGAGCCUUUGGCUGAAAUAGCCUUGCAACUUAUAAAAAGGCCUCUCUCCGGUCCAACAAAAGACGGCCUGUUCCUUCAAACGGCCAAAGGCCGGGCUGUUCUGCAGCAGGUCAAAGACUUCAUCCGACAAAACGUGCUUCCGGCUCAGCAGGAAGUUGAGGAGUACUACAGUAAACACGCUCAGUCUCCACAGAGAUGGCACCCACCUCAAAUCAUAGAGGACCUAAAGGUGAAAGCCAGGCAGGCGGGGCUGUGGAACCUGUUCCUGCCUGCCAUCAGUGGACUCAGUCAGGUGGAUUAUGCCUACAUUGCAGAAGAAACUGGACGCUGCCUGUUUUCUCCUGAAGUCUUUAACUGCAACGCUCCAGACACUGGGAACAUGGAGAUCCUCCACAUGUUUGGCACAGAAGAGCAGAAGAAGAAAUGGCUGGAGCCUCUUCUGAGAGGAGAAAUCCGUUCCUGCUUCUGCAUGACAGAGCCUGAUGUUGCCUCCAGUGACGCAGCCAACAUGGAGUGCAGUCUUCGCAGGGAGGAAGACAGCUACGUUAUAAAUGGCAAAAAGUGGUGGAGCAGCGGUGCUGGCUACCCCAAUUGUAAAGUGGCCAUUGUGAUGUGUAGGAGCAACUCUGAUGGCAGCAGCAGACACAACCAGCACAGUAUGGUCAUCGUACCAAUGGACACUCCAGGUGUGAAGCUCAUCCGACCGCUCACCGUGUUCGGACAGGAUGAUGCCAUCCAUGGUGGCCACUUUGAGGUGCACUUUGAGAAUGUGCGCGUACCUACGUCCAACAUCAUUCUGGGAGAAGGCAGGGGGUUUGAGAUCGCUCAGAGGCGCCUUGGCCCAGGCAGGUUGCACCACUGUAUGAGAAGCGUUGGUGUAGCGGAGUUUGCGCUGGAGCUACUGUGCAAGCGAGCCGCAUCCAGGCAAACGUUUGGGAAAAAACUCUACCAGCAUGAAGUGGUUGCUCACUGGAUAGCAGAGUGUCGCCUUAUGAUCGAGCAAACCCGUUUGCUGACUCUAUAUGCUGCUCACGCUCUGGAUACACUGGGCAGCCGUGCUGCUCGCAAGCAGGUUGCCAUGAUCAAGGUGGCAGCAGCCAGAAUGGUCUGUAAGGUGGUGGACUAUGCCAUCCAGGUACAUGGAGGUGCAGGGGUGUCUGGAGAUUUCCCUCUAACACAGAUGUACGCGUACGCACGCACCAUACGCAUCGCAGACGGACCAGAUGAGGUGCACCUCUCCUCUGUAGCAGCUCUAGAACUGAAGGACCAGCUGAGGAAGAUGCAGGCCAAGCUGUGAUCAGGUGGCCUCAGAUUUAAUAUAAGAUCAUUAGCCGUUUGGGAUUAACUUAAAAACUAAAAUGAAAAGAAGUGGUAAAAGAUAAUUAGUCAAAUGAAUAUAUUGACUGUGUACUUCCUGUUUUACAUUUUGAAUUGUUUAUUAUUGUCUACAAACUAAAGUCAAAUUAAUUUUUCUAACCUUUGGAAUAAUUGCAUUAAGAUGGAAAUAUUCUAUUGCCUGUAGGUGUGUGCCUUUUGACCUUCUGAAGCCUUUUUUUCUUUAAGUCCUGCUUAUCAUGUGAAGUUGAAAUAAAGACUGAAUAAAAAUGAUUGAAUCAA